UCUCUAAAGCCGAGCGAGGCACAAAAGGAAAAAAAAAAAAAGCAGAGAAGAGGCUAACAAGAGAGAAAGAGAAGGGGAGGCAGGAGAGAGAACCCCGGAAAAGCAAAGAAUGACAACCCAGGCCAACGGCGACCACCACGCACGCCCUCCGUCGUCCUCCCAAGACCGCCACCAGUACUACUAUCCAUCCUCCUCCUCCUCCUACUCCUCGGCCUCCCUCAAGGGCUGCUGCUGCUGCCUCUUCCUGCUCUUCUCCUUCCUCGCCCUCCUCGUCCUCGCCGUCGUCCUCGUCAUCAUCCUCGCCGUCAAGCCCAAGAAGCCCCAGUUCGACCUCCAGCAGGUCGGCGUCCAGUACAUGGGCAUCUCCCCCACCGACCCCGCCACGGCCGCCGCCGCAGCCGCAGCCGCCACCGCCGGCGGGGGCUCCAGCCCGGCCAGCGCGUCGCUGACCCUCAGCAUAAGGAUGCUCUUCCUGGCGGUGAACCCGAACAAGGUCGGGAUCAGGUACGGCGAGUCGAAGUUCACGGUGAUGUACAAGGGGAUUCCGCUGGGGAAGGCCUCCGUGCCGGGGUUCUACCAGGAGGCCCACAGCGAGCGGCAGGUGGUGGCCACCAUCGCCGUCGACCGGUUCAAUCUGAUGCAGGCGGAUGCGUCGGACUUGAUAAGGGACGCGUCGCUGAACGACCGGGUGGAGCUCCGGGUGCUGGGCGACGUCGGGGCCAAGAUCCGGGUCCUAAACAUCGACUCUCCUGGCGUUCAGGUAUCGGUGAAUUGUGCAGUGGUGAUCAGUCCAAGCAAGCAGUCCCUCACGUACAAGCAGUGCGGAUUCGACGGAUUGCGCGUGUAAAGUUUCAAGAUCGACACUCCCAUCACCGGCCCGAUUGUUUUUGGGGUCGACUUUGCAUCUCUCCUCAAAUCCAAUUGGAUUUGGAGAUUGGAGAGACAGAUAAAGGUGAUGGGGGAGAAAAGUGGAAAGUAAAAAAGAGGUGGAAACACGGCCGGAAGCUGCCAGUCCUCUCCCUCUCUCCCACAUGGGAGCAUAUGUCAAAAAGCAAAGGAGUUGAGAUGCUGGGAGAAAAUUCCGGGGCUGUAAUUGAAGACUAUACUAUUCUUUCCCCCACCCACCUCCAAAAGUUUUUCUUCAAUUUAAAUUAACUUCUUUCUUUCUUUGCUAUUCUUUUAGUUUUUCUCUUCCUUUUUCUUUUCUUUUUAAAUUUCAAAACACCGGUUCCUUCGCUUUGACGGAACAUACAUAUGACCGCACUGUAAAGUGGAUGCUGAAGAUUUGCUACUCCAAUUUCAGAUAUGCUUCUUUGAA